AUGCCCGAGAUCCCCGAAACACUCGUUGACGACGAGCGACCACCGGAAGCAGAUGACAGUGGUGAAGAUGGCGCGCCUAUCAAGCCUUGUCCGCAUCUCAAAAAGUCAUGUCGCAUGGGUCGCAUCUCUCCUCGUAUCCGCGCUUUGAAGGAUCCGGCGCUUCGAGUCUGUAAGACGUGUACGAAGGAGAAACUAGUUCGAGGCGAGGAAGACGGCGCGGCUCAACUGUGGCUUUGUCUGUGCUGUGGGCAUCUAUUCUGCGGACGGUAUGAUCGAGCACAUGCGGCGGCACAUCAUGAGCGAAUGGGCGAUUCAGAUUGUCUUAUGUGGAACAUUGAAUCCUUCAGCUGUUGGUGCUAUAUAUGCGAUGACAGUAUUCGACCAGACAAGCACAAGAAUGAAGUCUUGGUUCAGGUGCAGAAAUACUGGAUGAAGCAUGCUGAAGUUGCAACACCCGUUGAAGAUGAGCCCGUGGCGACUGCGGCGGUUGAUGUCAAGUAUACGGCUCUGGCAGCUGGCUUGCAAAAUCUCGGCAACACCUGCUAUUUCAACAGCGUAAUGCAGGUUCUGGCUGCUGUCGAUCCUCUACAUGAGAUUGUCUCGCCUCAUCCAUUCGAAGAGCGGUCAACAUUGGAAAUCAAGUCUCAAACUGGACUGACCAGUGCAUUUGUAAAGCUCCUUGGUGAGAUGUAUGCGAAUGGGAAAGAAAAGGCUGUGCUCAAACCAGGUGCACUCUUUGGCGAGCUGAGUCGGCGAUUCCCAAAGUUCACACGAGGCCAACAGCAAGAUGCGCAAGAGUUGCUACACUAUUUACUCGAUGGUCUCAAGACGGAUGAGACAAAUCCAGAAGCAGGAGCACCUUUGCGCAGAUUGCGAUCACGACGAAAGACAGUCUCCCAAGAAUCAGAAGAUAUUGAAAUGACUGAUCGGCCUGUAAUAAAGCAGCCUGGUGCUGCUGAUACUUGGCAACCAUCUGGCUACAUCGAAUCAAUCUUUGAAGGACGGCUUGCCUCGAUUGUCAUCUGUUCAGCUUGCAAAAGUGUUUCGACGACCUACGACCAGUUCGAGGAACUCUCACUCUCUGUACUUCGUCAAGACAAAAAGGGACGCAUCGGCGAUGCCAAGAAUGGCGGUGAACGCAAAAGCCGUUUCAGGGCUGCCUUUGAUGAUAUUCGUCGGUCUCGCAACUUAUCACUGACACGCGCAAACUUAUCGCCUGGGGAACGGAAGCACAAGUCACGCGAUGCAGCGCCUGCAUCUUAUUUUUCUGCUCUUGAGGCUGCCGAUACUCCACGCGGACCAUUAUCGCCUCGUACACAGCGCAGCGAGUUCCUUGGUAUUGGCGCAGGAACAUCCAUGUCUGAAGCGGUCAGUGAGGAAGAUGAGCCGGAUGUGAACGGAUCUUCGACUGCGACCAAUGAAGAAAAGGCUCAGGCACGCGGCGCGUUCAGUAUUUCAGAGGCCAAGAAGCGGCUUGAAAGGCUCUCCUUUGCAUUUAGUUCUGCAGCAAGCAAGACUGGUUCGGGAAGCACAAAACAAGUGAGUGCAGGCUCUCUCAGUGGCGGCGAGGAGAUCAGCAGUACCAUGAGCCAAACGAGUGACGCAUCAACUGUUCCAGCUGGCGCUUCGAGCAUGCCUGCUCCUUCUGCACAGCGUGUUCAGCAUAUACAACGGCUCUUGAGGGAGGUUGAGCCUACGGAAGCGAUGCUGGGGACCAUCGAAGAUUGUUUGCGAGAUUUUGCUGCUGUCGAGGUCAUGGAAGGUCCAAAUGCCUUUGCCUGUGAAGAGUGUGCAAAGCUCAUGUAUGCUCCCAAAUCCCCAAAGCAACAAGGCGAAGAUGAAGAAAUGGAUGGCGCGUCACUCAGAUCGUCUGGCGCCGGGUCUGGCGCCUCGCAGAUGAAUGUUGAUGUUCCAGAGUCUGAUGCAGCAAAAGUGUCUGCUCCAAAAUACAUUCUGCGCAAGGCCUUCAAGCGUUUCCUUUUGGCUGAUUUGCCACAAGUGCUCAUAUUGCAUCUCAAGCGAUUUCAACAGUCUGGCAAGAGCAUGUAUUCGAGCUUGAAAAAGGUCGAUGAUAUCGUUCGAUUUGAGGAGUAUCUCGAUGUCAGCGGAUACAUGCUGCCUCGAAAGGAUGGCAACGAGGAUGACUCGAGCAAGUUGUAUCAGUGCAUCGGAUGCGUUGUUCACAUUGGCAAUAUACACAGCGGUCACUAUGUCGCUUAUGUCUUGUCUAGAAAAACGUCGAGUGCAGCACAGGAGGAGAUGAGUAACGAGGCUGGGUCAAAGGAGAAGCAAUGGAUCUUUGCUAGCGACAGUAUGGUCCGGCCUGCGACAUGGGAUGAAGUAUCGCGGUCGCGAGCAUAUAUGGUGUUUUACCAACGAGUGGAGUAG